GGGGACAUGUUUUCGGGCAAUUGUAAGUUUUCAACUCCAUGAUUGCAUAGAUUUAUGUACUGGUUUUUUCUUGUGGAACCCAAUAGAUUUUUUUUUUUGUUUGGAAUUGAGCUUAUGAAUUUCUGCGCAGAGAGUAGUGAUUUGAUGGGUUUGGAAAUUGUGUUUUGCUAUCUUUUUUGUUCUUGUGAAGAAGGGAGCAGAGGCAGAUAAGGGCUCUGUCAUCCAUCCUAGUUCCUAUGGAUUUCAUACGUGGAUGUAAAAUAGUUGUUUUCAUUGGAGAGCGAGGAGUAAUUUCUAAAUAUUGAGUUGAAUGUUCUUUUUAGUCUUUGAAUUUUCUUAAAGUUUAUGUCUUGAUCAUUGAUUUUAUUUUUUUUAAUGCGGUUGCUGUACGAUCUAAAUAGUUAGGCUGCUGAAAAAUACAGACGAGCAUGGAUGUUUGUAGUAUUAAACCAAAAAGCUUAGGAUGUUGAAGAUUGAAGGAAAUUAAGAUGUCUGCAGGCAGCCAACCAUAACAGCUAAGAUUCUUUUUACUGUUUUUUUUUUUCCUUUUCUUUUCCGUUACAUAAAAUUGUUAGGAAUAACUGUAUAUUAUUCCUGUGGUUAGCAACCAAUUGAUUCUUUGAUUCCAUUUUGUAUUCUAUAUAUACUAAUUUUGUAUAGUAAUUUGAUAUAGAAGAAAUGCACGAAAAUUCUCUCAAUCUCUCUCUCUCUCAGUUCAGUAUUUUCGCCUUUUGCAGUAAAGCAAAUUCUCUCCCCUGUAUUCAAUCUCUCGCAGUUCGAUACUUUUCAUUUACAGCAAGCAAAAGACCAAAUCUUAUAUGGUAUCAGAGAAGUGAUGGAGGAAUCCAUCAAUACCAGCUAAACCAUUCCUCCGAACCCACCACCAAACACCAUUCAUGUGCAGUCAAACACCAAUUGGUCAGGAGCUAUUCCUCACGACCCAAUGCGGCCCACCAGUCUUUAUUAUAUUGGCAGCAACGAUGGUUUAGGUGCCAUGCUUGUCACUCAUACCUUGGACUCCAACAACUACUAUUCUUGGGCUAGAUCUAUGAAGAGGGCCUUGUGGAUUAAGAACAAGCUCGGGUUCAUUGAUGGCACGAUCUGUGAACCUUCUAACCCCAAUGAUCCUCUAAUGGAACAUUGGCCGAGGUGCAAUGACAUCAUGAUAACAUGGAUGCAAGACACAAUGGUAGUUGAUAUCAAGUCUAGCACUAAAUGUGCAGAGACUGCACAUCAGCUUUGGUUGGAGCUAGAACAACGUUUUGCUCAGCAAAAUGCUCCAAGAAUUUUCAAGGUAAAGCAAGGCAUCACAGACCUAAAGUAAAACCAGGACUCAGUACGCAUUUAUUUCUCUAAACUUGAAACCUUGCUUGAUGAAUUACUCAAUUAUGAAUCAAUCCCUAACUGUACUACCUGUGGAGGGUUUAAAGUUGUAGUUCAAAACCAGCAAAGGGAUUGUGUGAUGAAAUUCUUAAUGGGACUCAAUGAUACUUAUAAGGGUAUUAAAGCACAUAUACUACUGAUCAAACUCUUUCCCAGCUUGAAUGAGGUUUACUCCAUUAUUCAGCAAGAGGAAAAGAGAAGAGAAAUUUCUGCAAAUAGCAUGGGCAGUGAUUCUAUGGCUAUAAUGAGCAAAGGAAAUUUCAGCAAACAAUCUACUGGGCAACAAAGGAGGGAUAAGUAUUAUUGUACCUUCUGUAAAAUCCCUCUAGAGAGAUGCUUCAAAGCAAAUUCAAACAAGCCCACAUGUAUUCAUUGCAAAAUGCUGGGCCACACAACAGAAAAAUGCUUCAAACUGCAUGGAUACCCAGCGGGAUACAAGGGAGAAGGGAAGAACAAACCUGUUAUGAAUCUAGCAAAUGCAAAUGCAGCAGUUGGUCCUGAGCAGGAGGUUCUGAAAGACAAACCUCAAAUGUCAUUAACUCAAGAGCAGUAUACUCAGCUUCUAGCUCUCCUAAAACCUGUCUCUAACAACCAAGCCCUCAUUCCCUUGGCCAAUCAUGUCCAUGCCAUGGUUACACCUUCAUCCUCAGAUGCAAAUAGUCACAAAAUUUCUGGACCUUUUGACUUGGACAAUGACUGGCAUGGGUGAAGUGAAGCAAGGACUCUAUCAUAUGCUGCAAAAGGAAGUCUCUCCUUUAGCCUUAUCUGAUGCUUUGUCCAAAUACAACCUCAAAAAUAGUCUUUUAGCCUCUGUCAACAACAACAAUGAAUCUUUUGACCUCUGGCACUAUAGAUUAGGCCAUUCUUCUUAUUCUCAAUUUGACACAGAUACCAAAGUCAGCAUUACCAAAACCCUCUGAUGAUCACCCAUGUCUCAUUUGUCCUUUAGCUAAACAACACAAACUACCAUUCCUUACUAGUCAACAUCAAUCUAAGGAAUGUUUUGAGCUGAUACGUUGUGAUAUAUGGGGUCCAUGUAAUGAGAUUAGUCAUGAUGGCUGUAGGUAUCUUUUGACUA